AUGGCGCCGGGCGAGGCGGCGCCGGCGGGGCCCGGGGUAGGGGGCGGCGGGGCGAGGAAGCAGCGGGCGUCGGCCCUCAGGGCGGCCUUCUCCGCCUUCGUCAAGGCGAGGGAGGUGCCGGCGGCCACCGCGGGCGCCGUGUGGUGGCGGUGCUGCCGGCAGACGUUCCGCGAGCGCGGCGGUAUCCACAGGCAUGUGGGCACCCAGCACGGCGCCGAGCUGCGGCCGCCGCCCCGCGGGCACGGGCAGGGGCACGGGCAGGUGCAGGGCGAGGCGCAGCGAGGGGCAGCGGGGCCCGAGCGCGGCGCGGAGGUGUGCGAGGAGCUGCCCGACACCCGGCACCUCGGCCCCGGGGAGCUGGAGAGCAAGGCGGGAGAAGUACUUCUGUAUUACUGCUACUGUGAGGUGAGGGAUCCAGAGAAACUCUGUGCUUGGCAAAAGGCGCUGUGCGAGCACCUGCAUCUCACUGGCAAGGUACGAGUUGCUUCAGAAGGAAUCAAUGGAACAGUUGGUGGAAGCAAAGUAGCUACCAGUCUCUACAUUGAAGUUAUGCUUUCCCAGCCUCUGUUCAAAGACAUUUUGUGUCAAGAUGAUUUCAAGAGAAGUGCAGGAGGAGCUCACUGUUUCCCAGACCUUCGAGUUGGAGUGUUUAAAGAAAUUGUACCUAUGGGCAUUGAUCCAAAAAAAGUCUCUUAUAAAGAAACUGGAAUCCAUUUAUCCCCUCAGGAAUUUCAUAGAGAAGUAGAACAGUAUCUGUCUCAGGCCAGUCAAGGACAAAGCGAUACCAUCUUGCUGGAUUGCAGGAACUUCUAUGAAAGUAAAAUAGGACACUUCCAGGGCUGUCUGGCUCCAGACAUCAGGAAGUUCAGCUAUUUUCCCAGCUAUGUCGAUGAAAACCUGGAGCUUUUUAAAAACAAGCGCGUCCUGAUGUACUGCACGGGAGGCAUUCGCUGUGAAAGAGGCUCUGCUUACCUACGGAGCAAGGCAGUGUGCAAAGAGGUGUACCAGCUAAAAGGUGGAAUUCACAAGUACCUGGAAGAGUUUCCGGAUGGAUUCUACAGGGGGAAGCUGUUUGUAUUUGAUGAUCGUUUCUCCAUUUGUUCCAAUGAAGAUGUCAUCUCAGCAUGCAGAUACUGUGGGACGCUGUGGGACCAGUACAAACUUUGUUCCAGCCAGCACUGCCGGCAGCUCGUCCUGACGUGUCCGAGUUGUCGAAAUAAAGGUCUUACAGCUUGUUGCCCAAUGUGUCAAGAGAAGGAGCUCGAGGUGACUUCAAGGGCUUCAGGAGAGACACUUAAGGAGGAGUGCGAAUGUACAAAGAGAAGGCCAAGGGUACCUGUUGAACAUAUCUCACAAGGGACGCUGGAUGCAGGAAAAGUUUAAGCUGUUUCAUUAGUUAAUCUGACAUUGUGCUAAUGCAAAGGGCUUCUAAAACCCGAUCCCUGUCUGCUACUCAGCUAGGUUUGGAAGUCACAAAAAUCUGUUGGCUUUGAAAAUCUUGUUUAUAACCCGCCUUUUAAGUCCUGAAAAACUGUGCAAUACUUGAGUGUAAAUUACCGGAGUGCCCAACCUAUCUAUCACAGGUGCUACAGGAUUCCUCUUUCUUGGUACAGUCUUGUAGCAGGGCCUCUACCAUGGGGAUUUUGCAGCAGAGAAUGUGAUGGGACACAGCUGCUCACAAUUCUAAAGAAACUGAAACCAAAAAACAAACAAACAAACAACAACAACAAAAAUCCAUUCUGUUCUUCCUGCCUGGAGGUGGAUCUGUCUGGCUGCUCCAUUAAUCAUGCAUUUGCUUCAAUAGCUAGUGCUAGCAUGAUGAAGACUGCAGAUUUAUUGGUUUCUGGUUAUGUGACCAGUCUAGAGCUGAAGGUAUUCCCAUGUACAUGCCAUAUGCGUGCAUCUCUUUCUUUACACCAGUGAGAAAGAAGCAAGGGGUAGUUGCCUGAGUCACAGACUAGACUCCAGCAUAAACCUGGUGGAAGGAGUCAUUGUGUAUGACCUGUGGGUUGAACAGCAAAGGUAAUUCUCAUUUUGACACUUCCAUCCGCCUAGGAACUGCUUCCCUCAGUUUGUCAGUACAUGAACUAUCCAGCUCUGCUCGCACUAGAGAAAAGAAAACAGCUUGAAGCAUGUUGGAACUGAGACCCACAGAGAGGGGAGCAUGGAGACUGUCAAAAUGCCAGCGAUGGCACUGGUAGUGAUGCUGAAGUGUGGAAAUGUCAGCAACAGCCAUAAGGCCAGAUUCCUUAUCCGAGUUAAAUUACCCAAGAUCUGGGGAGAAUUUCUGCUUUGUAAACAUGGGUUGAAUUUUUCAAAAGCUGAGAGAUGUUUAUGCAAUUUUCGGCUCCUAUUAGUGGAGAAACUGUCUUGGACUUUGAAGGGAUCCCACAGCAUAGAAGCUCAGAGUACUUCUCUGCCUGGUGCUUAGUGUGCCUGAUGCUGCGGAAUGUGCAGGAAGGUUUUAUUAGUAACGCAGAAGAUGUGUCACGACUGAAAAAUGUCUUUGAAGCUUACACUCGUUCUUGGUACUAAGUCAUUAGGAAAUCAAUUUCAGUUACUGGUGGUUUUAGUUUUCGUUUUGUGUUUUAAACCAGCAACUUCUUCGAAAAGCAAGAAAAAAGCACGUUUACUCAGGUUUCUAUAGUUGCUUAGUGGCAGUUAGGGCAGUGUUACUUUCAUACAGACUGUAACCCUCUCCCACAGUGCUGUGAAUUCAGCGUGGCCACAUUGGUGUCUUGACUGGCCGCUUAAAGACAGGGGCACUGGCUCUAUUGCAGCCAGAGCACAGCAAAGUACUUCAGCACUGCUGCCCUGAAUUCAGCGGUAACAGUCCUUGUGACAGCUCAUUUUGUGAAGCAGGACUUUGAAACUUAAGUGUUUACCUGGGGAAUCAUUCCAGAAU